AAAGGAGUGCUUGAAAAGGAAUCACAUCGAUCAGAACCAGUUGUGUCUGUCGUCAAAACCAAUUCUUCUCAGGACACAAAAAGAGACAAGGCCCCGUCAAGAAGCAUAAUAUCUAAAGAUGUAACCUGGACUAACUCGUCUAGUGCCAGACUGAUAGUAAAGUCAAAAGACGCUGACCAGCGCAGAUACACAAUCGCAGGAGGGGCAACUGUUCACAGACCAGCUCAGCUCAAAGACCCCGCAGCAGACAGGAAAGCUCAGAAGACUGAGUGGAGAACUGGUAAAGGAAAGGGGCUAAAAAGACCUCCUCAUUCAGUGGUCACCCAGGCUGAGCCGAAAGGGCGAAAUGAAAACCCAGUUGGGUCCUUUUGGUCUACCAUGGCAGAAGAAGAUGAACAGAGAUUAUUUACUGAAAAAGUAAACAAAACAAUUUCUGAAUGCCUGAACCUCAUUAAUAAGGGGUGCCCAAAAGAAGAAGUUUUAGCUACAUUGAAUGACCUGGUUCAUAAUAUUCCAGAUGCCAAAAAACUUGUUAAAUAUUGGAUAUGUCUUGUACGUAUUGAACCAGUCACAAGUCCUAUUGAAAAUAUUAUCUCAAUCUAUGAGAAGGCCAUUCUGGCAGGGGCUCAGGUAAGAUCAAAAUGUACCGAUCUUCAGUUUUACAAUAGAGACAAUUCCAAGUCAUUUUGGAGCACAUCCUAGUGCAGCUUGAUACGAUUGUGAUUUUAUGUGAUUAUGGUACUAAUAUCUAUUUAA